UCUCUCUCUCUGGGCUUUCGUUUCGAAGAGAAACGAAGUUAGUGGUUAUCAUCUUAUCCUCACCCGCUUCACUGAGAGAGGGAGAGCAAGGGAGGGAGAGAGAAUGGGAGUAUACCUAGUCUCAGUUCCAGCACCUCAUCAUCAGAGCUUAGUCUCCCAACCUCCUCCUUUCAUUAGCAGCAGUAGCGCAUGGUUGCAUGGCUUAACAACGACUCCCUUUCGAUACCCUUCUAAGCUCACCAUCCCUCACUGCUCUUCUUCAACUUCUUCUGCUAUUGUAGAAGAGGGCCCUCCUCCUCCACCAACUCAUGCACUUCCUGACCAGUCAGAGUUUCUCACUAAUGACGCUGACAAACUCCCUCCGAGGGGUUGUAAGGGCUGUGGGAGAGAGGAAAUGGAGAAGGGAUGCAACGGUGAGGGUAGGAUUCAAGGUGGGAUUGCAACAAUUCCAGGCUUUGGCUGGUGGCCAAUAAAGGCUUACAGACCUUGCCCUGGAUUUUUGGCAUCUGGUGGUAGAUAUAGGCGACAAGGGCAAAGCAUGGAUGAGGUUGCCUUUGGAAGGGGGGAGAGAAGGACUAGCAGUGAGGUUCAGUCAAGGUAAAACUUGCAAGGAAAGCAAAGGAAGGUCCAAGGAGAUUUAAGAAGUAACAUUGUAUUGCAAGGGAUCUUGAUUAAGAGAAAGGGGAGACUUUAGUAUCAUAUAUUGCUACUUGAAAGAUAAAGGAAGAGGGAACUGAAGAUAGAAAAAGAACAAUUUCUAAUCUCUUUUUUCUUUCAUCCCAACAUAUCAAGAUAUUUGAAUGAAAUUAGGUGCAUCUGUUCUACAAAGCCUACGAUUCAGUAUUCUGUAUUGGAUUUUGAUGGGGGACGUUCAAUAUAGGUGCUUGAUAUGAAAGGUUCUUUACUUCAUUUUUCUGA